AUGCAGGCUUUACAAUACCAGCAAGAGCAGCAGGAAUUUGAUCAUCAUAGAGCUUCCCUUCAUGAGCAGCAUCUUGAGGAGAUCCACCAAUAUCUUAUAGAGGCCCAGCAGAGACAUAUAGAGCAUAGAGCACAAACACAGGCAGAGCAGCAGAUUAUUCUUGAGCAACAACAAGAAAACAAUGCCCAGCCACAAGAAGUCCAUCAGUAUCAUUUGAACCUUUCCCAGCAGAUUCACGAUGACAAUCUUGCCAUUCAACACAAUCACCAUGCUCUAGCUCAAAAUCAAGUAAUGCAACAGCUACCUCUUGGUCGUCGUCCUUAUCAAGAGCCUGACGCACGCUAUAGUGUUGGCCAUAUGGAUGUUGAAUGUUCCCACUGCAAAGCCCUUCACUUUUCCUCUAAAAAGCUAUCAUUCUCUACUCGCAAUCACAUCCGCUUUGGCAUGUGCUGUUUACAAGGCCAAAUUAGGCUGCCUGUGUUAUUGGACCCUCCUCAAACAUUGCGUAAUCUUCUCUGUGGAGACACUGAGAAUGCCAAAUCAUUCAGGCUAAAUAUCAGGCAAUACAAUAGUGCAUUUGCAUUUACUUCUAUUGCUGCCAAGCUAUCAGAUCAUGUUACCACUACUUCUGGGCCAUAUGCAUUUAAAAUCCACGGAGAACUUUAUCAUCAAAUGGGUACCCUGCUACCACCCAACCAUCUUAGACCUUCCUAUGCUCAGCUCUAUGUUAUUGAUCCUCAGGCUGCACUCAAUGAGCGCAACAAUGCCAAUCCUAACUUGAAGUCUGAGAUCAUGAAUAACUUGCAGGAUAUGUUUCAUGAGCACAAUCCUUAUGUUCCCCUGUACCGCCAUGCCUAUCAAAUCAUGGCAGACAAGAAUCCUGGAGAACGAGACAAGCUUGCAGCCCGUAUUGCUGUCUUGCCCAAUACAGAUCAUCGCCACUAUAAUGAGCCUACUGCAGAUGAAGUUGCUGCCAUCAUUCCUGGAAGUGGAGAUGAGGAAGUGGACUUGCACAGAGAUAUUGUUGUCUGUUAUAACCAUGGAGGUCUAAAGCAUUUCAGCCAUCUUCACCCUCACUACAGUCCCUUGCAUUAUGUGACAUUAUUUCCACAUGGUGAACAAGGCUUUCAUCCCAAUAUUCCUGCUCAUCCUGGACCUAAUGGCCAAAUGCUCUCAUCCAAGGUGUCUCAGCGCUGCUAUUAUGCCUAUCGUCUUAUGCGCCGUCUGCUUGAUCCUGAAACCAUCUUUAGAGCUGGCAAGCUAUUUCAGCAAUAUGUGGUUGAUGCUUGGGCAUCUAUUGAGUCUAGCAACCUUUUCUGGAUCAGGAACCAUCAGAAGGAGAUCAGAGCUGAAAAGUACCAGUCAUUGUUUGAUGCUAUCCAUGCAGAAGCUGAGGUAGACCUAGGCCAGCGGGGAAAAUGUAUUGUGCUUCCCUCUACUCAUGCAGGCAGUCCACGUUAUAUGUAUCAGCUUUUCCAAGAUUCUAUGGCUAUCACUCGCCACUGCCAUAAGCCUGACAUCUUUAUCACCAUGACUGUAAACCCUAACUGGCCAGAGAUCACUGAACAGCUCUUAAAAUAUGAUGGUGGUUCAACUCAACAGCCUUUUGAUCGUCCAGACUUGGUUGCACGUGUGUUUGCCUUAAAGAUGAAGGCUCUUAUAAAGGAUAUCAAGGAGGGCCUGUUUGGCAAGGUGGCAGGGAUGGUUUAUACCAUUGAGUUUUAA